CCGUCCUUUUGUUCCGGGGCCGCAGGGCGGGGCAGGCCCAACUUUUCGCUGCCUCCUGGUCUACCCUCCAGAACGGCCAUGAUUUCCCAGUUCUUCAUUCUGUCCUCCAAGGGGGACCCGCUCAUCUACAAGGACUUCCGCGGAGACAGCGGCGGCCGGGAUGUGGCAGAGCUCUUCUACCGGAAGCUGACGGGACUGCCCGGAGACGAGUCUCCUGUUGUCAUGCACCACGAUGACCGUCAUUUUAUUCACAUCAGACACAACGGCCUCUAUUUGGUGGCCACGACUUCAGAGAACAUUUCUCCCUUCAGCCUCCUAGAGCUGCUCUCCCGGCUAGCCACUCUCCUGGGAGAUUACUGUGGCUCCCUGGGCGAGGGGACCAUCUCCCGCAACGUGGCUCUGGUCUACGAACUCCUGGAUGAAGUGCUGGUGAGGUCUGAGAACGUCCUUCCCUGUCCCCUAUUCUCUGAAGAUACAUCCCGUGGUUGGGAGACCAAGUCCACUCAUUUUCACCCCUUCGCCCCACUGACCACCCAAAAAAUGUCCUUCCUCUGCCCGCAGGACUAUGGCUACGUACAGACCACAUCCAUGGAGAUGCUGAGGAACUUCAUCCAGACGGAGGCCGUGGUCAGCAAGCCCUUCAGCCUCUUUGACCUCAGCAGUGUUGGCUUGUUUGGGGCCGAGACACAACAGAGCAAAGUGGCCCCCAGCAGUGCAGCCAGCCGCCCUGUCCUGUCCAGCCGCUCUGACCAGAGCCAAAAGAACGAAGUGUUCUUGGACGUGGUCGAGAGACUGUCCGUACUGAUAGCCUCUAACGGCUCGCUGCUGAAGGUGGACGUGCAGGGAGAGAUCCGACUCAAGAGCUUUCUGCCCAGCGGCUCCGAGAUGCGCAUUGGCUUGACGGAAGAGUUUUGUGUGGGGAAGUCAGAACUGAGAGGUUAUGGGCCAGGAAUUCGGGUGGAUGAGGUCUCAUUUCACAGCUCAGUGCAUCUGGAUGAGUUUGAAUCUCAUCGAAUCCUCCGCCUGCAGCCCCCUCAGGGUGAGCUGACGGUGAUGCGCUACCAGCUCUCAGAUGACCUCCCCUCCCCGCUCCCAUUCCGGCUCUUUCCCUCUGUGCAGUGGGACCGAGGCUCUGGCAGGCUCCAGGUUUAUCUGAAGUUACGUUGUGACCUGCCCCCAAAGAGCCAGGCUCUCAACGUCAGGCUGCACCUUCCGCUGCCGCGAGGGGUGGUCAGCCUCUCUCAGGAGCUGAGCAGCCCAGAGCAGAAGGCAGAACUGAGGGAGGGAGCCCUUCGCUGGGACCUGCCCCGGGUGCAGGGAGGCUCGCAGCUCUCAGGCCUCUUCCAGAUGGAUGUCCCGGGCAUUCCUGGGCCUCCCGGCCCAGGGCCCUCCGGCGCGGCUCCUCUGGGGCUGGGCCCUGCCAGCCUCUCCUUCGAACUUCCCCGGCACACGUGCUCCGGCCUCCAGGUUCGCUUCCUCAGGCUGCCGUUCAGACCCUGCGGCAACGCCAACCCCCACAAGUGGGUGCGACACCUAAGCCACAGUGAUGCCUACGUCAUUCGGAUCUGAGGCUCCCGAAUAAGGACUCAGGCGGCAAGAGCGGGUCUGUGUAGCAGAAGGACGAUGUUUUCUCCUCCAGUGUCCUGGCCUCUUGCUGUGGGUGUGGCUCGAAGAGUCCUGUGUCCUAGAGACUAAGGGAGCUCGGUGGGUUCAACCCUCCUGUGGGAUCUGCCCUGGGAAGGACUGGGGGACCACACCUUAAAAAUGAAACUUUUAUUCUGAGGA